AUGGAACCAACUAUCAAAAUCGAGGAAGAUAGCGUCGAGUUCGACGAAUAUGCAUUUUAUACGGAGCAAAAUGUGAAAAGCGAUGACAGUAAUAGCAAUGAUAAAACGUCCAUUGCAACCCAACGGCCGCGGCGUUCGGCUACAAAACUGAACAUUGCCGACUUGUUUCAAAUUUCCAAUGCUUGCACCCAAAACAGAAACUUACUCAGACAACCUUUUCCGAUUCAAUCAGUGAACGAACUCAACGAAUUAGAUACACUUCUGUUAGGAAAUCCCGGAUACAUGGAGAAAUGCGCACUAAUGCUGCACAAUGCUGUACGAAAUGAGACGUUGGAAAAUGUGACAGGUCAUAUGCGACUACUGUUAGAAUUUGCAGUAGACUAUUCAGUGUUGCUUAAGUACAGCUGGUUCGGGUUUUUGCCUCGUUCGCCAAUCGCCAGGGGCAUGGGGGAGCAGCAACCGUUUCGAAAUCUUAUAGGUGUAAUACAUCUUUUACAUAGAGCUCGGCGACUUAGAUUUGGCAAAUGCAGCCUUGAGGAAAUUCACGAAGGGAUCGAAAAAUUUCUCAAGCGCAAGCUGCGCUGCCAUGCACUUUUUGUUAAGAAACAAAGCUAUGUCUUGCAAGGCUAG